AUGGCAGGGGCUGGCUUGAGGGCCGCACAGCGCGGCUUCCUGGGACUCAGGCGCUGCGGCGCAUCCUUUCUUGGUAGCAUAGAGAUCCCGCCUUCCAGGCUUGCCCACGCCGCUAGCGCAGCCCAAAGGCAGCUGGCUGCCUCUGCACAACCGGUCAGUAAUUCUGCCAGCAGCUAUGCAGACCGCGCUGCUGCCAGGAGAGCCUCGAGGAAACCAGACACGGUGCAGCCGAGGGAGCCGAAGAGAAAUGACACCGAAGCCAGGAUGCCAGCCGUGCAGCAAACAGCAAGCGAGCGGUCCCCGCCUACUGGCAUGGAACAAAGGGCGGCGCCCGCAGCUGCCAGAGAGAAAGCUGCGCCCGCAGGGCAGCAGUUUGCUUCCAUGAGCGACACACUCCUAGCCGACAUGACAGCGCUGCUAGGUGAGCCGACACCAGCAGAUGCCCCAGGCUCGGGUGCAAGUCAGCCAGCACAGAGCAGACGCGCGGCGGAUGCUAUGCAUAAUGGGGCAGACGCUGCACAUAGGACGCCACCUGUGGCCACAGGGCAACCGCGCAGGCAAAGUGCGGCCCCUUCCUCUGCUGGGAGGCAGCGACAGAGCAGCAGUGAUGGUGCCAGCAGCACGGCUUCGGCCAGUCACAGCAGACAGACACAGUCCAGCCCAAGCGGGGCAUCCUGGGGUCAGGUGAUGAGCGACAGGGAUGCCGACAGAGGCAACCGCAGAAGACAGGCUGAGGAAAGGGUGAGCGGCGGCUCGUGGGGGCAGGUGUCAAGCGACAGGCAUGCUGCUACAGGCAACGGCAGACAGAUGGGCGGUGACUCACGAAGUCAGGAAUCAGGUCCAAGGCAGCGGCAGGCAUCACCUGGCAGCAGUGUGCAACAUGACAGCCUGGAUUGGGACUGCUUUGAGAGCGGGGCUGCAGUGAGUGGCGCAGGGCUCCAAAGAAGUGCCAGCCAGGGGUGGAGCAGUCAGGGUGGGGGGAUGGCUGGGGUGGAUCAGAGGGGCGAGGCAGUGGAGGUGAGCAGGCGCACAGUCAGCAGGGAAGAAAGGAGUGACACCCGCAAUGGGUGGGGGAAUGGGCCGCCAGGGGUUGGUCAGGGGGGUGAUGCGGUGGGGUGGGGCAGGGAAGAAACAAAUAGGGAGCAGAGGCGGGGGCCUCCAGGGCGCAGGCCGUACCGGCUGACUCACCGGGAGCGAGUCAAGCUCUGCCUGGAGAGCAACGGCCACAUGCGCGACGCAUUUGCAGCCGCCCAGGAUGCGCUGGCCAGUGAGGGAGCGUCAGCAGCAAAGCAGCGAGACAUCCUGCGCAGCUUUGUGGCAGAUUUGGAGCGGAUUGUGGACGACGGCGCAGAACACUUUGACCCGGUCAACAUUUCCACCGCUCUGCACACUCUGGGCUCAACUGUGGGCGACCCAGAUCUCAGCGCUGAAGCCACGGCUGGCGUUGCCUGUCAGGGGCUGGCGGAGCGCCUGAUCAGGCUGGCAGAGAGGGAACGCGCGUCGUUCAAGAUGCCCGCUGUCAUGAUGGUCUUCUGGGCACUCGUCCGCCUUGAGGUGCCGGUCUCCGAGGCGUUCCUGGACGGCAUGGCGGCUCGGGUGACCGCACGCGUGCGGGAGCUUCCGCUGCCGGAGCCGCAGUACGUCUCCGGAAUCCUCUGGGCCUUCUCCCGCGUCCGCGCCGGCCAGCCCCUCAGCGCUAUCCAGGCGGCCAUGGUGGAGGCGGUGUUUGCAGUGGCUCCCAAGGUGCUGCCGGACGCCAGUUUCCAGAACAUUGCCAACCUGGCGUAUGGGCUGGCCAUCCUCAACCAUAGCGCACCCCCAGAGCUGCUCACAGCAGUUGCAGAGGCCGCUCUGCUGCGCAUGCCAUCCGCAAGCUCCCAUGGUGUGUCAAACCUGCUGUGGGCGUACGCAAAGAUGGGCACGAGUCCCCUGGGCGGACAGCUCUUCCGCAGCGCCCUGGCACAUGCGCGCGAGAACCUGGACAAGUUCAGCGUGCAGCACCUGGCCAACACGCUGUGGAGCCUGGCGGUGGUGCAGCACGAGGCCUCUCCUGAAGCGCUGGACAGCUUUGCAGAGGCGUUCAUGUGCCGAAUGGCACAGGCAACGCCCCAGCACUUUGGCAACGCUGCCUGGGCCAUGGCCAAACUUGGCCACGACCCCCUGCAGGGACGCUUCAUGAACGCCCUCAUCAAGCAGGCGUUCCCGCAGCGCAGCCGCUUCCACCGCCAGGAGCUGAGCAACAUCCUCUGGGCGCUCGCCACGCUGCAGCACGAGCUGCCAGAAAAUAUAUUGCGCGAUGUCUCCGAUGAGUUUGCGCGGCUCGCGCUCGCGCAAUUAGGAUCUGCCGAGCCUGGCUGGGAACGCCACCUGGCCAACAUGGCGUGGGCGUGCGCGCGACUGCGGGUGAAUCCACUGGGCGGCGGAUUAUUAAACGCGGCGUGCGCGGAGUUAGUAACCAACCCCGGCAACUUCUCGGUGCAGAACAUGGCCAACAUUGUCCUGGCGGCUGGCAUCCUGCAACACCCCUUCCCUCAAGCUGCCGUCGAUCUGGUGUUGGGCGAACUGCAGCAGCGCUCUGCUGGCAGCAGAGCACUGCCGCACCAGGAGGCCUGCAACAUUCUGUGGGGCCUUGCCGCGCUGGACCAAUUGACGCGCGCGCAGUUGGAGCAUAUUGCCGGCCAGCUCGCAGCCGCUGCCGCUGCUGACAAAUUUACCAAGGCCGAGGCGAAUCAGCUGCGGCAGGCGGACCUAAUGGUGAGAGCAAUGGAGCAGAGUGGCGGGCAGGAGAUGCCUUCAUGCCUCCCUCCAGCGCUGCAGCAGCUCGCAGAUGGAGAUCAAAUCAUCUCCACCUCGAGGCUUCAGAAGGACGUCUCUGAGACGCUGUCCGAGCUCGGGGUGCCUCACACUGUUGAGGGCCGCAUUAGUCACCCCAGCUUUGGGCCCGCAACAGUGGAUAUUCUCAUUGAGGUGCCAGGGCAGCCACCGAUGGCCCUUGAAGUGGACGGCCCUUCGCACUUUGCUGCGCUGGCCCCCCACCAAAACUUGGGGCACACCGUUCUGCGCAACAGGCUCCUCGAAGCCAGGGGUGCAAAGGUUGUCCAGAUUCCAUUCCGCAUUGAGGGAAAGCGAUGGGCCGAUAUUCAAGGCGACAUGGACUCUCGGAUAGAAUAUCUUACGGGCAUCCUGGAGGCAAAUGGAGUUGACAUUGAUGCCAUAUCACAGCUGUGA